GCGUUCCAUCUCCUUUAUAGUUCACAGUUAGAGAGUUGUGGUUUUCUUCCUUAAUCUGUCCAGGACUCGUGCAAUUUCCACUUCUUUGGGGAACCUUAUUUUGUGAAAAUGAACAAACAAGAAAAACCACUGUCAACACUAUGGGGUUGUGAACUCGGCACGUCACACAAAGAGGAGACAUUCAAAACGGAUGAUACAAUCCACCAACAUCAACUCGCACUGAGAACUAUGUGUCUGGGCGCAGGCGCCAAAGAAGAAUUCAACAUCGUGGAGUUGCUUACUGGCGAACCAGAUGACGUGAAGGGUGUACCCAUGGCGACCCUGCACGCCAACGGGAUGCCUACGGUCAACCUGUCUGGGAUAGAACUCCACCCACCAGUGACCUUUCGGCUAAAGAGUGGCACUGGACCAGUCUACAUCUGUGGGGAACAUGUGGCCUUGGAGGAUGAGUUUUCAGGGAUGGAGAGUGGUGAAGAGGAGAUGGAGGAGGAAGACGAAGAGGAAGAUAUUGAGGAGUCUCCUGUGAAGCCUCCUAAGAAGGCAUCUGCCAAGAACGGGAACGCUGCGGGCAAGGCUGGGAACGCUGCGGGCAAGAGAAAGAAGCCAGAAGAAGCGGAUGAACCUGUGUCAGAUGAUGAGAACAAUCCUCCUAAGAAGGGAAAGGGGAGAGGAAGAGGCAGGGGAAAGUAACCCCAGGUGCUGCUGUUCCAAAUGGCUGGUUACAGCUCUGAAUGGCCAAGAUUCUGUGACGUUCCCAGUGAUUUGUUCUUAGAUGAUUAAACUAUUUAAACGACGGCUGUUUAUUCUGUUUGUCAGUGCUUUGUAAAUAAAUCGUUUGGAAGAGUUA